AUGCGCCUGCUCAAUGCUUCGACUCACGAACUUGAGAGUUUCUUAGGCUCCGAAAAGCCUCAGUAUGCGAUACUAUCCCACACUUGGGAGCCAGACGGUGAAGUCCUUUUCCAGGAUCUGCAGUCUGCGUCAGGCAAAGGCUGGCGUCAAAAGUCUGGUUGCUCGAAAGUGCUGAAUACUUGCAAUCGGGCUUUGCAGGACGGAUAUAAAUAUGUCUGGAUUGACACAUGCUGCAUCGACAAGAGUAGCAGUGCAGAACUUUCAGAAGCUAUCAAUUCUAUGUUCAGGUGGUAUCAGCAGUCCAGUACCUGCUACGCUUACCUUUCCGACAUCGACCGUGGCACAAGUGGAUUAUCAAGUAGCCGCUGGUUCAAUCGAGGUUGGACACUGCAGGAACUGAUUGCUCCAGGCGAUGUAACUUUCUACAACAAAGAUUGGAAGUUCUUGGGUAGCCGCAGUUCGCUUGCAUCUGAAAUCUCUGCCGUCACAGGUAUCCAGAAACAGUUGCUCACAAGAUUGGGACAGACGGCCCAAGAUGUUAUACACGGAAUUUCUAUUGCGUCGCGUAUGAGAUGGGCGUCGAAACGAAUUACGACACGAGAAGAAGACAUUGCGUACUGUCUAAUGGGCAUAUUUGAUGUCAACAUGCCUCUUCUGUACGGCGAAGGCAAGAAAGCUUUCCUCAGACUGCAGGAGGCCAUCAUCCGAGGGUCAGAAGACCAGUCGAUCCUAGCAUUUCGCCAUCCGUCUCCACCAAGCUUGGACCAAAUGUUCGUUUAUGGAUUCGGGCCUGUGCUCGCACCUGAUCUCAGCUGCUUCUGCGAAGAAAUACAGCACGAAUGGUACGCGUCCAACAGAAUCAAGACGUUGAAAUACGAGCAUGGUAGCCUGACUCUCCACGUUCCCAUUGUAAAGCUGCUGUCUGGACCUUGGUUAUGGAAGCAAAGUCAAUAUUCUCCCACUCACGCAGCUCUUCUUGACUGUGUAUGUGGAGAUGACUAUCUUUCAAGGCCGGUUCUUCUCCUACGACAACAACGCACAGUUCCUGAUACAGAUCAUACUACCGAAAACUCUACAACCUAUACUAUAGAUCCUAUCCCUUUCAGAAAAUGCUCCUCGACGCCCGUGCUCCUGAAAGUAUCGGCCAACUAUGCGUCCAUAGUGAGCGUUUUAGGAGGGGGCGGGAUAAUCUUCAAAGUCCCAAAUCUCAACGACCUUCGCAUACAGCCUGCUAGAACCUUGAUUACGAUAGAAGGUGUCAGGACUGAUACCGUUCAGCCGCAUGCUAGCCUGCCUGUGGUCAUGGACUAUGCCAUGCUCCUACAGUACUGUUCAAUCGGGCCCGCGUUUCCAAGUCUGCCGGUUGCUCACCAGCAGUCAGUUCUCUUCAACUCUAUUGGCAUCAUAGCAUUCAUGUUUGACUCUGAGCAUUUCUUCGUUACUUGGGGCCACGACGGACAGCCUUGGUGCUGCAUACAUUCACUAGAAAGCCUCAGAUCCGAACACGAGUUCGAGGCAGCCCCCGGCUCCCAAGACUACGAUGCUGCAGAAGAUGUGGUGCGCUAUGUCCAACGGAAUCAGACCGACGACGUUGGAGGAUUGGCUGCCCUCUUCAAGGUAGGAAAUUUUACGUGGAAGCCAUCAGAUACAUCGCCUCACUUUGUAAUUGGCACUUCCCAAAGACUCCAAAUCACUCGUGUGCACCGCGAGGUUGAGUUCAUCGGUAGGAGGAUGUUCCAAGUUAAGCUGGUCCCUCAGCUUGUUCAACAGUCGGCCGCGACCAAGAAACCAUGGUUUCGGUUACCGAAGGUGCAGAAAGAUAAUAAAAAGGACGAUAAAUCACUAUAG